ACACUUAACAAUACAUUAUGGAGAUACUGCAGACCUGAAUUAGCUUUCUAAAGUAUUGUUACCCUUUUAAAUUACCUCAACUGCAUUUUUUUUGUUGAUGUCUACUAAGUAACUGUUUUGCAAUGUACAUUCAUAUAGCUCUGAUUCAAAAAUCCAGUAGAGUAAAAUAUGAGAAGGAAACAGUGAGAGGAGUUUACAGCUUUAAGGCACGAGAAGCUUACAGCUUUUUAAUAUAAAUUGUUCCCAGAAUCCAUGUCACAGAUCCUUACAUGGUGCUGCUUUUUUCCUCUUGGUUGCUAUGACAACAGCAGCACUGCACCAUUCAUCAGCUCUGGACCUGGGCUGCACUGCUAGCCUUCCUUGUUACUCCUGAAUGUUAAGAAGAACAUCCGUGAAUCAUUCACUGUGUUAACGCUGCGCCAUUAGAAAACUAAGAACCAGUUCUUCUAGUAAUUUGCUGUCACAGAAGGGUAAACUAAACUGCGCCACAGAGAAAAAUUGUGUAAAAAUAUUUCUUUUUUCCUAAUGGAAUCAUACAACCUGUAUUUGCUGCAGUAUUCUGAAAGGAUAAGCUAAUGUCAAGCAAUCUAAUGAAAAGAACUCGUCUGUGUAAUCUCCUGAAGUCAUUAGUUGUUCAAAAGAGAACACCACAGUGCUUCUCUGGAUAUAAAAAGAAGCAGGUGAUGUUGUUAGGGGUUCUAAACCCCUCUGGGAGCAUCUCUUGUGUUUUGGGACCAUAAUCAACAUCUGCUAUAAGAAGUAUCACCUGUAAUGCACCCCCCUCUGAGGAAGGCAAAGUUUGUUGAGAGCCCACGAAUUCCAGAAUCCGAGCUUGGCUCACCAACCCUCACUUCAGCUCAGAAACUGGACGUGGAUGCAUACUGUCCUGGUGAUGCUGAACAAGAGCUUGGCCCCCCUCCAUCUGUAGAUGAGGCAGCAAACACACUCAUGACUCGUCUGGGUUUCCUCCUUGGAGAGAAAGUCACAGAAGUUCAGCCAGGUGACCAAUACAGCAUGGAAGUACAGGAUGAAAAUCAGACCUCAGCAAUCACCCAGCGGAUAAGUCCCUGUUCCACCCUGACUAGCAGCACUGCCUCUCCACCAGCCAGUAGCCCCUGUUCUACACUCCCACCCAUCAGUACAAAUGCAACUGCCAAGGAUUGCAGCUAUGGGGCUGUUACUAGUCCAACUUCUACCCUUGAAAGCAGAGAUAGUGGCAUCAUUGCUACAUUAACAAGCUAUUCUGAAAACAUGGAACGUACAAAAUAUGCUGGGGAAAGCAGUAAAGAAUUAGGAUCUGGAGGAAACAUAAAACCUUGGCAAUCUCAAAAAUCCAGCAUGGACUCCUGUUUGUAUCGAGUAGAUGAAAACAUGACUGCUUCCACCUACAGUCUGAAUAAGAUCCCAGAGAGAAAUUUGGAAACAGUGUUAUCUCAAUCAGUACAGUCUAUUCCUUUGUAUCUCAUGCCAAGGCCAAAUUCAGUAGCAGCCACGAGCUCUGCCCACUUGGAAGACCUUGCUUACCUGGAUGAGCAGAGACAUACACCUUUGAGAACUUCUCUACGAAUGCCAAGACAGAGUAUGGGUGGUGCUCGCACACAGCAGGAUUUAAGAGUUCGCUUUGCACCUUAUAGGCCUCCAGAUAUCUCCUUGAAGCCUCUGCUCUUUGAAGUGCCCAGCAUCACUACAGAGUCAGUGUUUGUUGGCCGAGAUUGGGUUUUCCACGAAAUAGAUGCUCAACUUCAAAGUUCAAAUACCAGCGUGAACCAAGGAGUAGUGAUUGUGGGAAACAUUGGCUUUGGCAAAACUGCCAUCAUCUCCAGACUGGUGGCCCUCAGCUGCCAUGGUACAAGGAUGAGACAGAUCGCCUCAGACAGCCCACAUGCCUCCCCCAAACAUGUGGAUGCCAACAGAGAGCUGCCACUCACACAGCCACCUUCAGCCCACUCAUCUAUCACCAGUGGAAGCUGCCCAGGAACCCCAGAAAUGCGCAGGCGGCAGGAGGAGGCAAUGCGAAGACUAGCCUCACAGGUGGUUGCCUAUCACUAUUGUCAAGCAGAUAAUGCCUAUACCUGCUUGGUGCCAGAAUUUGUCCACAAUGUUGCUGCCUUGCUCUGCCGCUCACCUCAGCUGACAGCCUAUCGGGAGCAGCUUCUUCGGGAACCUCACCUGCAGAGCAUGCUGAGUCUUCGGUCCUGUGUUCAAGACCCCAUGGCCUCCUUCCGGAGGGGAGUCCUGGAGCCACUGGAGAAUCUCCAUAAAGAGAGAAAAAUCCCAGAUGAAGAUUUCAUCAUUUUAAUUGAUGGAUUAAAUGAAGCAGAAUUUCACAAACCGGAUUAUGGGGAUACAAUUGUAUCGUUUCUGAGUAAAAUGAUUGGAAAGUUUCCUUCUUGGCUCAAACUAAUUGUAACAGUUAGGACCAGUUUACAGGAAAUUACCAAGCUGCUGCCUUUCCAUAGGAUUUUUUUGGAUCGACUAGAAGAGAAUGAAGCCAUAGACCAGGACCUGCAGGCUUACAUCCUGCACCGGAUACACAGCAGCUCAGAGAUCCAGAAUAACAUUUCACUAAAUGGCAAAAUGGACAAUACUACAUUUGGCAAACUCAGUUCUCAUCUCAAGACCCUCAGUCAAGGGUCCUAUCUAUAUCUGAAACUCACAUUUGACCUCAUAGAGAAAGGCUAUCUAGUGUUAAAGAGCUCUAGCUACAAAGUAGUUCCAGUUUCACUCUCAGAGGUUUAUUUACUCCAAUGCAAUAUGAAGUUCCCAACCCAGUCUUCCUUUGACCGGGUGAUGCCUCUCCUGAAUGUGGCAGUGGCCUCUCUCCACCCACUGACUGAUGAGCAUAUCUUCCAGGCCAUCAAUGCUGGGAGCAUUGAAGGCACACUAGAAUGGGAGGAUUUUCAGCAGAGAAUGGAGAACCUCUCCAUGUUCCUAAUCAAGCGCAGAGACAUGACUCGCAUGUUUGUACAUCCUUCUUUUCGAGAAUGGCUUAUCUGGAGAGAAGAAGGAGAGAAAACCAAAUUUCUCUGUGAUCCCAGGAGUGGUCACACAUUACUUGCCUUCUGGUUUUCCCGCCAAGAGGGAAAACUAAACCGACAGCAGACUAUUGAACUGGGACAUCACAUCCUCAAAGCACACAUUUUUAAGGGUUUGAGUAAAAAAGUUGGUGUAUCAUCCUCCAUCCUCCAAGGUCUCUGGAUCUCCUAUAGCACAGAAGGUCUUUCUAUGGCACUGGCAUCUUUACGAAAUCUCUAUACUCCAAAUAUAAAGGUUAGCCGACUGCUGAUUUUGGGAGGUGCCAAUAUUAAUUACCGGACAGAGGUUUUAAAUAAUGCUCCAAUUCUAUGUGUUCAGUCCCAUCUUGGUUACACAGAAAUGGUAGCCCUGCUACUGGAGUUCGGGGCCAACGUGGAUGCCUCUUCUGAAAGUGGCCUGACUCCGCUGGGAUAUGCUGCAGCAGCAGGGUACCUGAGCAUUGUGGUGCUGCUGUGCAAGAAACGGGCCAAGGUGGAUCAUUUGGAUAAGAAUGGGCAAUGUGCUUUGGUUCAUGCUGCACUCCGAGGUCAUCUGGAGGUUGUCAAGUUUUUGAUUCAGUGUGACUGGACAAUGGCCGGCCAGCAGCAAGGAGUGUUUAAGAAGAGCCAUGCCAUCCAACAGGCCCUCAUUGCUGCAGCCAGCAUGGGUUACACUGAGAUUGUCUCCUACCUACUUGAUCUUCCAGAAAAAGAUGAAGAGGAAGUAGAGCGAGCACAGAUCAACAGCUUUGACAGUCUCUGGGGAGAGACAGCCCUAACAGCUGCAGCCGGAAGGGGCAAACUGGAGGUGUGCCGUCUGCUCUUGGAACAAGGGGCGGCAGUGGCCCAGCCAAACCGCCGAGGGGCAGUGCCGCUAUUCAGCACAGUGCGCCAGGGCCACUGGCAGAUUGUUGAUCUUUUACUUACCCAUGGAGCUGAUGUCAACAUGGCAGACAAGCAGGGCCGCACUCCCCUGAUGAUGGCUGCCUCCGAAGGCCAUCUAGGAACUGUGGACUUCCUACUUGCACAAGGUGCCUCCAUUGCUCUCAUGGACAAAGAAGGAUUGACAGCCCUCAGCUGGGCUUGUUUGAAGGGCCAUCUCUCAGUAGUACGUUCUCUGGUGGAUAACGGAGCUGCCACAGACCAUGCUGACAAGAACGGCCGUACCCCACUGGAUCUGGCAGCUUUCUAUGGUGAUGCUGAGGUGGUCCAAUUCCUGGUAGAUCAUGGGGCCAUGAUCGAGCAUGUUGACUACAGUGGAAUGCGCCCUUUGGAUAGGGCCGUGGGGUGCCGGAACACCUCUGUGGUUGUCACUCUUCUGAAGAAAGGAGCCAAGAUAGGUUGUCAGACGUUACCGAGUCGCCCACGAGGUCCAGCCACAUGGGCGAUGGCCACCUCCAAGCCAGACAUCAUGAUCAUCCUGUUGAGCAAGCUGAUGGAAGAGGGGGACAUGUUUUAUAAGAAAGGUAAAGUAAAGGAAGCUGCCCAGCGCUACCAGUACGCCCUGAAGAAGUUCCCUAGAGAAGGGUUUGGUGAGGACUUGAAAACUUUCCGGGAACUAAAGGUGUCUCUUCUCCUCAACCUCUCUCGGUGUCGCAGGAAAAUGAACGAUUUUGGAAUGGCGGAGGAAUUUGCUACUAAGGCCCUGGAGCUGAAACCGAAAUCUUAUGAAGCUUACUAUGCGAGAGCAAGGGCAAAACGCAGCAGCAGACAGUUUGCAGCAGCCUUAGAGGACCUGAACGAGGCCAUCAAGCUGUGUCCAAACAACCGUGAGAUCCAGAGACUUCUGAUGAGAGUGGAAGAAGAGUGUAGACAGAUGCAGCAGCCACAGCAGCCGCAGCCGCCACCGCCGCAGCCGCAGCCACAGCCUCAGCAACAGUUGCCGGAAGAAGCAGAACCUGAACCACAGCAUGAAGACAUAUACUCUGUACAGGAUAUAUUUGAGGAGGAGUACCUAGAACAGGAUGUUGAAAAUGUUUCCAUUGGCCUCCAGACAGAGGCCCGGCCCAGCCAGGGGCUCCCAGUCAUCCAGAGCCCACCCUCUUCUCCCCCGCAUCGGGACACAGCCUACAUCUCCAGCUCCCCUCUUGGCUCUCAUCAGGUUUUUGACUUCCGGUCCAGUAGUUCUGUAGGCUCUCCCACUAGACAGAGCUAUCAGUCCACCUCACCUGCCCUUUCUCCAACUCAUCAGAACUCACAUUAUAGGCCUAGCCCACCGCAUACUUCCCCAGCUCAUCAGGGAGGAUCUUACCGCUUCAGCCCCCCUCCUGUGGGAGGGCAGGGCAAAGAAUACCCAAGCCCUCCCCCUUCUCCUCUCCGGAGAGGCCCUCAGUAUCGGGCCAGCCCCCCAGCCGAAAGUAUGAGUGUCUAUAGAUCCCAAUCUGGUUCACCCGUGCGCUAUCAGCAGGAAACAAACGUCAGUCAGCUUCCUGGCAGACCCAAAUCUCCAUUAUCCAAAAUGGCCCAGCGGCCCUACCAGAUGCCUCAGCUCCCUGUGGCAGUUCCCCAGCAAGGGCUCAGGCUACAGCCUGCGAAGGCCCAGAUUGUGAGAAGUAACCAGCCCAGCCCAGCCGUCCAUUCAAGCACUGUCAUCCCCACUGGAGCCUACGGCCAAGUAGCCCAUUCAAUGGCGGGUAAAUACCAGUCUUCACAAGGAGACAUAGGAGUCAGCCAGAGCCGGCUGGUUUAUCAAGGGUCAAUCGGGGGAAUUGUAGGGGAUGGGAGGCCGGUGCAGCAUGUCCAAGCCAGCCUGAGUGCAGGCGCCAUCUGUCAGCAUGGAGGGUUGACCAAAGAGGAUCUUCCACAGCGACCUUCCUCAGCAUACCGAGGUGGCGUGAGAUACAGCCAGACACCACAGAUCGGACGCAGCCAGUCAGCAUCCUAUUACCCAGUCUGUCACUCAAAACUAGACCUGGAGCGUUCCUCCAGCCAACUAGGUUCCCCUGAUGUGUCACAUUUAAUCAGAAGACCUAUUAGCAUCAACCCUAAUGAAAUCAAACCCCACCCACCAACUCCCAGGCCGUUGCUGCACUCCCAAAGUGUAGGCCUUCGCUUCUCUCCAUCUAGCAAUAGUAUCUCCUCCACCUCCAACCUAACUCCGACCUUCCGGCCAUCUUCUUCCAUCCAGCAAAUGGAGAUCCCACUGAAACCGGCGUACGAGAGGUCAUGUGAUGAGCUGUCGCCAGUGUCUCCCACUCAAGGAGGUUACCCCAGUGAGCCCACCCGAUCCAGGACCACACCAUUCAUGGGGAUCAUAGAUAAAACAGCACGGACUCAGCAGUACCCCCACCUCCACCAGCAGAAUCGGACCUGGGCAGUGUCGUCCGUGGAUACCGUCCUGAGUCCCACAUCUCCAGGCAACCUGCCUCAGCCCGAGUCCUUCAGUCCACCAUCAUCCAUCAGCAACAUUGCCUUUUAUAACAAAACCAACAAUGCACAGAAUGGCCAUUUGCUGGAGGACGAUUAUUACAGCCCCCAUGGGAUGCUGGCUAACGGGUCUCGCGGAGACCUCUUAGAGCGAGUCAGCCAGGCCUCCUCCUAUCCCGAUGUGAAGGUAGCUCGGACUCUACCUGUGGCUCAGGCAUACCAGGACAACCUGUACAGGCAGCUGUCCCGAGACUCUCGGCAAGGGCAGACAUCCCCUAUCAAACCAAAGAGACCAUUUGUGGAGUCUAAUGUUUAAAAGACGUUUUGUUGGAGUGAGACCCGUAUGUUUUCACUGCACAUUUUCAGGCUUGGUUUCCACAUUUGAGGUAGUUCUCUGGCUUAAUUUCUCAUGUAGUUUCUGUGUGGUGAUCAGAGGUGGCAGCCCACAUGCUGAAAUCAUUUGCAUGCAGCCGACUGGGAAGCUGGCCUCCAGUGAGCCAGGACUUCAGUUUCUCUUGUCUGUGCCCAGCCACAUGCUCUCCCUCUCUUCAGAUGCCAACGAGGAGAUUUUUGUGCCGUGUGCUUUAACCCAGGGAGAUCACACUGGUCAGCUUUUUCCAGGAGACAAUCGCUUUCACUGAUGAUGUUGUGUACAUGUCUUUUUCCUUUUUUAAAAAAAUAAGGUGUUCUUGUUUGUUUUAUUCUAGAAACUUUAGAAAAUAGCGUGUUGCCCCUUUGCCUUCGCAUUCUUAGCCAGUGGCACCCACAGUCAGCUGCAGCGCAUUCUCCCCAGACCGCCAGCUCUACUAAUGCAGCCACCAGGUCUACAGUGUGCAUUAGGAAGAUUGCUGGUCUUUCUAGAGGGGGUAAAAGGAUGAGAGAGAGAAAAGAAGUCAGUCUGCUAAACUGGAAGAAACCCCCAAUAUAAGUAUGUGAAAUGUCACUACAUUGAUUUUCCAAGAGGCAUUUUAGGAACAUUUAAAAAACCAGCCCUUUAAAUAUUGCAGUCAGCCAAGGAAAUUAGAUGAGAAUUGUGGCUCUUUUAAGGGAAUUCACUGAGAGUUAUUCUCUAGGUUUUCAGCCAACAAUUAACCACUAAAAGCUGCUGCUUUUUCAGGGUAGGGGAGGGAAUAAAUACAUAGAAAAACAAAAAGGAUUGUUCUGGAUUCUUGGUGAAAGGCUAUGAGAAGUCCGUCCUGGUGACAUAUACUUUUUAGAUCCUGAUACAUCACUGUCAUUCUCCACAAAAAGGAAACUCUUCCCGAGGCUGGCUGGUGCGACAGUCUCGUUAGCUGGAUCUUCACCUAGAGCCAGAUUUUGUUCUUCUGGCCCUCUGUCUUUCAACCCAGGUGGUAUCAUACAAAAAUUCUUUCUUUCAGAAGCAGAUCGGAAUCUCUUGGGACCAAAAGACUGAUUCCCAGUGUUUCCACCCAGGGCCAGGCCAGUCGUUAGCCAUCUAAUUCCGUUUUGAGGUGUGUGGUUUCGUUAUCUAUUAUUACAGGAACUGUUUCCUUUCUUCUUCUAGGAGUAUUUAUGAGUGUGAUAUUUUAAAGUCAGAGACAGCAAAAAAGUGUUUCGGGGUGAAGAAAGACCGCUUUCAGCCCAUUUUCUAGCCCUGGGUGGGGACAUGAGCUAGACCGCAAGCUGCUGAUCUGGCCACUCUGCACAUCUUCUAGGUCUUGUGGUCAUUUGGUAGGCUGACCUUCAAGUAAUUGAGGCCACUAUUGAGAGGAUAGCAGGAACAUUGAAACCAAAGCCUUAGCACAGGCCUGGAACUGGCUGUGUAUCAGCUCUUACAACUAAACAACUCAACCCAACAAACUAAGCAACUAAAGCAAAACAAAGGAGCAUUAGUUCUGUUACGGGAAUCAUUCUGCUCCUGUUAGUAAACGGCUGUAGGAAGGGCAGUUUCCUGAAUAAACAUCCAGCUGUGACCAGACCUGUUUGUGAUAGUAUAUGCCCUCUGAAGGGGUCAUUAAGACACAGGGAGCAUGAACCUGAGAUCAGAACCAUUUCUUUACUAAUUGAGAUUCUGCCAAAUAGACAGACCUCUUCACCCCCAAACCUAAAACAGGCCAGGACUUGUCUCUUUGUGCUGGAAGCAAACAGCUAGGCUAACUCAAGCCCCAGCCUCUUCCCACCCUCCCUGCUGCCUGAGGACCGACUUCUCAGCUAGACCAGGGUGGGCCUCAGCAUCGUCUCCCAUCUCUGCGGCCCUCCCUCUCUCACAUCAGGGAGAUGAAAUGUAUAGCGCUAGCGGCAGCCUCUAGCCAGAAGCCCAGUGGCCUCUCAGAUCCCUUUUGGCCAGCUCUCAGCACUGCUGGCCUCUGCAUCUUAUUCCUUUCCUUAUAUCCGCCUCUCACUGAGGAGCCAGUGCAUUUUGAAGAAUUUCUCCGUGUCUGUUAGAAAAGUGCCCCUGCUCAUUUGGAACACCACAUAUCCACCCAUCACAUGUCCAGGUGAAUGAGCAGGUCCUGUAGCUUUACAAAUAUGCCACUGAUGCCACUUCUCCCCAGGGUCUCUCAGUUUUCCAGGAUAAAAAGAUUUAGGGUGUAUACCAUAUUGGUCAAAACACCUAAAAUGUCAACAGUCAGUUGCACUUUUUUUGCCAUCCUAAGAGGGAGUAAGUAUCACUGCUGCGUGCCCGUUGUUUUUGACUAGAAAAUGCCAACCAGAGUUUGUUGGGGCAGGAGACGUUUUUCCUUAUAAGCAGACUGCCUGUGCCCUGUUUGCUACUUCACUGCCAUGGGACGAUCUGAGUACUGUAUUUCAGAGCUGCCCCUUCCCUAGCAGCGAACACUCGCUAAGUCCUUGUCUGGCUUCAGGUGGGAGGAAAUGUUUCAGACGAAACUGGCAAGUUCCACUCACUCAAUUCCUAUCACCCUGAAAUGAGGACAGAGGUGACAAACUUCUGCUUAAUAGGUUUCUCACCAAAUUGUAUGUUCCAUUUGCCCAGAAUUCUUGCACUAAUGGGUUUCUAUCACAUCAUGUCUAUAAAUGGGUGCACUUUACUGUUUGAAUUUGUAACUCUGAUAAAUACUGGAUAUUUAAGUGUGAGUAAUGUCUUCAUUAGAAAAUAGUAGAACCGCUCUUGUCUUUUAGUGUAUUUUUCAAGAAAAAAAAGGAAAAGAAAGACAUCAAGCAGUGGAUCACAACAUUUAUAGCACAAGAAAUAACUGUUGUAUAUAAGCAACAAAAAUAUUAAGAAUUUUUUAAUACAAAAAAUAUUUGCAGUGAUUUUAAAGUGCUUUUCCAGCAAUGUUCUUAGGGACUCCUGAGACACGGUUACUUUAUCUACUGGAUCAGUAAGGCACACAAUUAACAAUUAACAAUUAAUGUUUAUUUACAAAGUAAAGGGAAAACCUGUGUAACAUGAGCAUUUGGCAUGACAAAAUGGAGACCAUUUUGUAUCUGCUGUUGUAUCUUGUCCGGGUUGCAGACGUGCACUAUUAAAGUCCCAAGUUAAUAGAGCACAAACCCUUCUCGUUCCUCUCCCACGUGCCCCUCUUUUUAGAUGUGUAUAACUUAAACUCGAUGGCUCAGGAAAAUCCCAUUAAUUAGAAUCAUGUACAGUACCCCAGGUUGUUGUCCGGAUAUACAAGUUUGCUAAUGUAGUUAAGCCUGGAUUAUUAAACACUUUUCCUAAAUUAUUGUAAACAGAACAGCUUAGAGAAAGGUAUUCUCAGUCCUUAUAUUGUAUAGUUUAUGAACCCCUCUCUAAAUAUUGGUAUUUUUAUAUUCCAGAGAUGUACCCAAUAGAAAAAUUAAAAAAUAAUCGGUAUCUAAUUUAAUAUCCAUAAGUAUUUUCCCUAGAUUUUAGUCAUAUACAGUGGACUAUGUGGACGUCACUUGUGCUUCACCGUAGUUUACCACUAGGUGUCACUGUGGCUCUGCACGGCACUUGUUUUGUAGCAAAGAACCGCAGCAUCUCCUCAGGAGAGAGGAGCUGCUUCCAGGGCAACAGGCAGGCAGGUUCAGAAGUUCAGGAGAAGGGAACAGAGGCCUGGAAGGGGUCUUCGUGCAUCUAUGCCAGUUGUGCAAGGCGAACUCUUGGAACACUACAUGCUUUGGACUUCGGCCAGGCAGAGGCUGGGAGAAGGGUGACCAGAGCUCCCUCACUCUGGUGGAGGGAUGGGUACAUGGAGAAGCCCCUUCUUCCCCAUGAGCCUCCCUCCUCUCAGUUCCUCUCAGCCUCCAGCUUUUAUCACUACAGAAGCAUCACGGUUGGUUUGAUUCAAAGAUAGUUAUUUUUCUACUGCAGAAAUGCCUUGGACAAAACCAGUGCUCACUGAAUCUUUGCCACAAAAUCGAACAGGCUAUCCCAAGGGGCAAGAGGUGCCCACCCCUGUGCCCGGCCUCCUCUUGAUGCUCCCAGUGCCCAGCAGCCUCACCCACCCUGCCUAUCUGUUCCUGGGCUGUCCUUUUCUCAAGAAAGUGACCUGCAAAGGCAGCCAGCUGCUGCCUCCACACCGAGGGCUGCGUGGCCGUGCUGCUUGCUCACUGGGAGGUGCGGCUCUUUCUCCUUCCUCUAGGAAUUCCAGACCAACCAUCCACCAUGACUAACAACAAUGAACAAAGGGCUUAGGGGUAAGAGCUACCUACAAAGACGUGUCAUGGAACCCUUCACCAUGCAAUGCCUUGAACUCAGCUCUGGCUGCUCCCAAGAAAAGGUGGCUGGCUGGGGGCCUGGACACAAGCACAAUGGGGCUGGUGGAGCCACUGUGCAGAGCUACUUGAAUAAUCACUGGGUUUUCAUCAAUUCCUUUUGUCAUACAGACCACUCAAGGGCUGAAGUGUUGGUAACCUUCAUUUCGGUGUCCUCACAGCAGCUGAGCCACCCUCAGGUGGUGGCCACAGUCAGAGCUUUGAAAGUUAGUACCAAAUGAACGCAUAAUUGGACACCAAAAAAUCAAGUGUUACUUUCAUGUUUCCUCACCCCUAUCAUCUCAUUGCCUCCUGCUGACUCUGAUUCCAACGCUGAGCUGACCUGCCAGGCUGCCGCUGGAUGCUAGAGAUGCAGGCCAGCGCCACGCUCGUUUUUCCAGAUAGACCUACUCUGUGGAACGGAAGUGCCCUAGCUGCUUUGUUUUUGUAGCACUUGCUGGCUGAAUUUUUCUUUUGCUAACUGCUAACCAGAAAGUCUGGUUAGAUGGGGCUCAACUCACUCCCUUUAGUCCCCAGAGCCAGACAAGAGUUAAUUCUGGAAAAUUCAGUACUUGAAUGUACCUGCCUUAUUGCAUACCAAUUUACUGGGGGGGAAAAAAUAGAGAUGCCGGCUCCAGAUCUCCACUUCAUUCACAGGUUAUUUUGGAAAUCCUGUAAGUUACACUUCCUGUUGUGGUUUUGUUUUGGUUUUUGUUUCCUUUGGCUGAUUCCUGCUGAGUGAGGCCAGUUCCUCAUCAGGCUCAGGGCAGGUGCCGUUUUCUGGCAUGGCCUCCUUUCCAUCUAGCACAGCAUCUUUGUCUCUGUUUUGUCUCCUCCAAAUCCAAGAUGAUUUUCAUUAGUACAGACAUGUACAGUCUACAGUUAAAGAGUGAUUUGUACUAAUAUGAUUUUGAUUCUUCCUCCUCUUUGCUGUCCUUUCAAGACCCUUGCUGGAAAAAGCUUUAAUGCACUUAGUUUUCCUUUAGGUUUUCUAUGACUCAGAUGUAAAGGACUUUCUCUGUACAGUAUAUUACCCAAUGCAUGUUUGUUCUCUAUCCUAAUAUAUUGACCACCACACAGUUGUGAACUCGUGCAGUGGGGAUGUCCCACACCCAACAGAGGCAUCUAGCCCCCUGUGUAAAAGGAAAGACAUUUUCCUUUGCUGUACUUGCUUGAGCAGUUUUCUUGUCUGUACAUGUGAGCUGUGUGAGAUAGAUGUGAAAAGUUCAAAUGAAUGCAUUUUCCUGCCCCAUGUAUACAGAUUAUCAUCUGUACAAUGAACUGUAUGUAUGAAAGCAAAUGUACUUAUUUAUAAAUGGCUAACACUUGGAAAAA